UAGCUCCGCCUCUUUGCGGCACAACUCCGGCGGGUAGAAACCAGUCCUGAGCCUUGACUGGCGCGAUGCACCCCCAAAUCCUCCCCGAAGCCCCGCCUGCCUAGUUUGCGGUGGGAGACCCGAGUCCGCCGCUGCUGCACUUCCUGGCGGCGAGAGAGCCAGGGCGCAGGCGCGGCGCUGUCUCCAGCCGGCCCCACCCCACGCCACACUCCACCGCCCGGGCGCCUGCGAGGGCGGGGCCUGAGCUCCGGCGCCUGCGCAGCCCGCACCUGGGUGACGUAGUCGCCUCUGCAGCGCUCCGGGGGUCCGCGCGGGUGCGUUGGUGGCUGCCGCCUCUGCUCGGUAGCUGCCUCCUUUGUCCGCCGGCCCCGCCUCGCUCCCGGGCGCCGCGCUGGCGUCGUCCUCGCCCCCGUCGCCGCCCCCGCCGCCUCCCGCGCGCGGCCGAGCCCUGCCCCCCAUGGUAUCCCGGGCCGAGCCGGACAGCGAGGCCAUGGACGCGGAGCUGGUGGUGACGCCGCCGGGCUGCUCACAUCUGAGCAGCUUCAAGGUGGACAACUGGCGGCAGAACCUGCGGGCCAUCUACCAGUGCUUCGUAUGGGGCGGCACAGCCGAGGCCCGCAAGCGCAAGGCAAAAUCAUGCGUCUGUCACGUGUGUGGCGUUCACUUGAACAGACUUCACUCUUGCCUCCACUGUGUCUUCUUUGGCUGUUUCACAAAGAAACAUAUUCAUGAGCAUGCAAAAUCGAAACGGCACAACCUGGCCAUAGAACUCAUGUAUGGAGGCAUUUAUUGCUUUUUGUGUCAAGACUACAUAUAUGACAAAGACAUAGAAAUCAUUGCCAAAGAGGAACAACGGAAAGCUUGGAAAAUACAAGGUGUUGGUGAGAAGUUUUCAACUUGGGAACCAACUAAAAGGGAGCUUGAACUGCUGAAGCAUAACCCCAAAAGGCGAAAGAUCACCUCUAACUGUACCAUUGGUCUACGUGGUCUGAUUAACCUGGGGAACACAUGCUUCAUGAACUGUAUUGUCCAAGCUCUUACCCACACACCACUGCUGCGGGACUUCUUCCUGUCUGAUAGGCACAGGUGCGAGAUGCAGAGCCCCAGCUCCUGCUUGGUCUGUGAGAUGUCCUCGCUGUUUCAGGAGUUUUACUCGGGACACCGCUCCCCCCACAUCCCUUACAAGCUGCUGCACCUCGUAUGGACUCAUGCCCGGCACCUGGCAGGGUAUGAGCAGCAGGACGCCCACGAGUUCCUUAUUGCAGCCCUAGAUGUGCUGCACCGGCACUGCAAAGGUGAUGACAAUGGGAAGAAGGCCAAUAAUCCCAACCACUGCAACUGCAUCAUAGACCAGAUUUUCACAGGCGGGCUGCAAUCUGAUGUCACCUGCCAAGUCUGUCAUGGCGUCUCUACCACAAUAGACCCCUUCUGGGACAUCAGUUUAGACUUGCCUGGCUCUUCCACCCCAUUCUGGCCUCUGAGUCCUGGGAGUGAAGGCAGCGUAGUGAAUGGGGAAAGCCACGUAGCAGGAACCACCACACUCACAGACUGCUUACGAAGAUUCACUAGACCAGAGCACUUAGGAAGUAGCGCCAAAAUCAAAUGCAGUGGUUGCCACAGCUACCAGGAGUCCACAAAACAGCUCACCAUGAAGAAACUACCUAUUGUUGCCUGCUUUCACCUCAAAAGAUUCGAACACUCAGCCAAACUGAGGAGGAAGAUCACUACAUACGUUUCCUUCCCCCUGGAACUGGACAUGACUCCUUUCAUGGCUUCCAGCAAAGAGAGCAGGAUGAAUGGACAGUACCAGCAACCUACCGAUAGUCUCAAUAACGACAACAAAUACUCCUUGUUUGCCGUUGUCAACCACCAGGGGACCCUGGAGAGCGGCCACUACACCAGCUUCAUUAGGCAGCAUAAGGACCAGUGGUUCAAGUGUGAUGACGCCAUCAUCACCAAGGCCAGCAUUGAGGAUGUUCUGGACAGUGAGGGAUAUUUAUUGUUCUAUCACAAACAGUUCCUGGAAUAUGAAUAACCUUACCCACCUUGCUUAGAAGAGAAGGUGAGGAGUUGGCAAGUCUCCAAGUGACCCCUGAUCUCCCUAGUGUCAUUACUCCACCACCCUUAUAGAAAUGCUUCCAAGAGUGCCUGGUCUCUGCAGCCUGGACCUCGAGGAGUCACAGAAGCUGGUACCCAGGAUAAUGAUCUUUAAUGAACAAGUUCCAUGGUCUGGGUGGCCCUCCUAGAACACCACACUGAUGAAAUGAAGGGCAGGCUCUGGGUGGGAGGAGCAGAGCAGACUGUAGCAGUAUGUCUCCUGUGCUCCUCCAGAAAACAGGCAGAGCACUCACAGCCCAGUUAGUCCAUCUCAGCUGCAUGAAAGUGCAGCUGGAAAAGGCACCAGUCUGUUUAAAAAUGGGUCCAUGAGAGCAGCAACAUAGAGGACAGAGGCAGUGUGCAAGGACAAAGGACUUUGCAGCUGUCUUUGCUUUUUCAAGUUAAAAGUUAAAUGUAUGUAGUAUGGGACCAUUGACCUCCGUUCUGUUAGUGAGUAGAAAGAAGAUCCUAGAGCUGUGGUACUGAGGACACAGCAGGGUCUCCAGGCUUGUUGUGCCCCUCACAUCACUUAGCAUCACACUGCAUGUUCCCUGAGCACCAGUCUUUUCUAGAAAUAGGCAUUUUUCUUACCCUCGUCCCCUUUGCUCUCUUUCAUGAUGGUGUAUUUCAUAAGCAUUAUGAUAGUAACAUGAAAGAAUUACUUAGUUUAUACUGAAGUUUUGAUUGUUUUCCCUUUAUUCUGAAGAGUAACUCUUGCUUCUUUAAGUGGUAAUUGGUGUUGGCUGCACCCUCAAGAAUCUGUUCAGGUAGCUUAUAGGUGCAGCAGCAUAGAACCGGGCUGCAGUUAACAGUGUCUCUGUCAUAUUCAUCCUACGACUGUUGAAGUGCUUCUCAAUGCUUUCACUGUCAUCUUCCUCAUAAUCAUCCUUGGUGCUGCUCCACUGGCUGACAUGUUGGCUCGAAGCUGGACUGGCUCCCAUUGGCGACUGCCUUACAUGACUAAGUGCAUAUGCUUUACACAAGCUGGCAUUUCCUUUCCAUUGUAGUAGGAAAAACAGUGACUUUGUGACUGAGCUUGUCAGCAGAGCCGGUGGAGGACUGGAACACUGAGCGCUGCUUUUUGUAAGAUAUCUUGCAUGCAUCUGUCUCUUCACACCCAAACUUAGAUUGUGCAUUUCUGAAAAAAGUAUAGACUAUGUGUGGAGGGUGAAAAUUAUCUAAGUCUAGUUCAUGAAAUGGCUAUCUUUUAGGCCAUGUUGUGUUCUGUGAGCCCAUCUGAACAGGGUCAGCACUUCCCCUACUCUUGUAAAGAGCCUUUUUAGCCUUUCUGGGCCAGGUUGUGUAUUAUAGAUAAUGUGAAAAUGAAUACACAUGACUGUGUUCCAGUGAAACUUUGCUAAUGAACACUGGAUUUUUAAGUUUAUAUGUCAGUGAGUUUUCAUUUGUCCCCACUAUUUAAAAAUGUAUAUGAUGACUAUAGAAGCAACCCACAAAUGAGGUCUAGCUCUGAAGGACAGGAGCAGGGCCUGCCCUGGAAAACACUAAUACACAUUGGACAGUGGCAGAGUCCUCAGUGAUGCAAGCACUUGCUCAUUCUCAGAAAUAUAUUUCUGCAUUUAUGGAAGAGAAGUUUUAAAAAGCUUUAAGAUGGUUCAGCUGGUAGAGCCAUCAGACUUUCAUGUCUGAGGUUCCUGGUUGGAUCUCCAGUGCAGGAGUGGUGCUCCAGCCUUGUCGCCUUUCUUCUCUCUGUCUCACAUAAUACCCCCCCCCCCCCUUUCUAGCUUUAAGAUUGCAUUAUUUAGAGAAAUGAAUGAGUACAAAUUUUCAGAAGUGGCUCUGGUUCAGUAUAUGUGACUGUAGUGAGGAUCCCUUUGGGGGAGAGGUUGCCUUUUAAUGAGCAUUUCAGAGGGAGAAAUAAUUGAAGGAGCUGUCUGCAGAUUUGAAAGCCACAAAGUUGCCUACAGGUUGCCACGUGGGGGUUUCUUCCAUGAGUGUCAUAAUGGAGAAGGGAACCAGUGAGAGGGCCUGGCCCUGUGCUGGUGGACCACCCAUGGUGUGGUCAGCCCUGCUUCCCCAUGGCUACCUCUCCUGCCCACUUCCUGCCCCCAAUUAUGUUUUAGGGGCUCUGGGAGAGGCAGCAGGGCCAUGUGAUUUUUUUUUUCUCUUUUUGAUAAAAGCCAGAGAAAUUGGGAGAGGGGUACCUGCAGCACUGCUUCACCACUCAUGAAGCUUCCCCUCUGCAGGUGGGAGCAGGGGACUUGAACCUGGAUCUUUGCACAUGGAAAUGCAUGUGUUCUACCAGAUGUACCACCACCUGGCCCCAGGUGAUUUUUUAAAAAUAAACAUUUUAAGUUUUGUGUCCAAAUCAAUUUUGUUCCCUUUGACAUUAGCAUUUUAGGCACUUAACCCUCUACUGUGUUGGAAUUAGGGGUGGGUGGGGACUUGAUAAAUUGAAGGAUUUCUUUGCUUUUAACUCCUAUUCCAGCUAUUAAAUUCCUGUUAAUUACCCCCCACAUGGAUGUUGAUGCCAUUGCAAAGUGUGUCUGAACAGUAAGGAAUCAUUGUGUGAAAUCCCUUCUCCCUCUCACAACACACCUUCCCCCACACCUGUACAUUAUAAAUAACCUGUGUCCUUGAGAUGCUGCCUGCAUCUCAACUCUUAGCAGUGAAGAAAGUGGACUUUCUCUCCUCAGAUGCCUGAAGUGAGCCAUGGAGAGAGGUGAACGCAGGGCCAGGCAGAGCUGGCCUCUUCUGCUAGGGUAUGAGCCCUGGGUGGACUUUGGACACUCUUACUGACGUCAGAACCCCCUGCAGCCUACCCCUGUGCUGUUGUACUAUGGCUUGAUAUGUAUGCAUUCCUUAGUGUCAUGUUGCCUCUAUUGACAAUUCAAGUGACUGUUUUGUUUAAUUACAAAAAAUGUUGUAAGAAGAAAUAUUCCCAUGAUUGUGCUGUAGAUUUUAUUACUGAGAUGUUUACACCUCCCUUUUACCUGUCUCUUGAGAUACCUACAGAGCUCCUCCUUUAAUAGCUUGUAGCCUUUACUAUGUCAUAAUAAAGCUACAUUUUAUUCUGA